UCGUAAUAUAUAGUGGCCUUCAACGAUCAAAAGUCCAAAUAAAUUAAAUUAUUUAGUUACUUAAAACCAAAAAGAGAAUAAAGAUUCCACUCAUCCCUAUAAAUAUUCAUCGUAUUAGUUCUAUAUUCGUGCCUCUUAUCUUCAAGCAUGGAGAAUUUCCUUUCCUCAUUUUUUCUUCUUUUCCUUCUUCUUCCUCUUCUGGUUUCCUGCACUGACAGACAGGUAUAUAUAGUUUAUUUUGGAGAGCACAGUGGAGCAAAAACUCUCCAACAAAUCCAAGAAAACCACCAUUCAUAUCUAGUCUCUGUGAAGGAAACUGAGGAAGAUGCAAAAUCUUCUCUCAUUUACAGUUACAAGCACACCAUCAAUGGCUUCGCCGCUCUCCUCACUCCUCAUGAAGCUUCCAAAUUAUCUAAGAUGGAGGAAGUGGUGUCGCUAUUUCGUAGCCAUCCAAGAAAAUACGAAAUCCACACAACAAGGUCGUGGGAAUUUGCAGGUGUGGAAGAGGCAAUGAAGAAAUCGGAGAAUCUAAAUAAGGAUGAUUUAUGGCUAAAAUCUAACUAUGGAAAAGAUGUUAUUGUUGGCUUCUUAGAUAGCGGUGUGUGGCCGGAGUCGAAGAGCUUCAACGACGAAGGGAUGGCUCCGAUACCUAAAUCGUGGAAAGGAAUUUGCCAAAGCGGGGACGAAUUCAACUCAUCAAACUGUAACAAGAAAAUAAUUGGGGCCCGAUAUUACAUCAAGGGCUACGAAGCAUACUACGGCCCACUAAACAGAACGCUGGAUUACCUCUCCCCACGAGACAAGGACGGCCACGGGACCCACACGUCGUCGACGGCGGCCGGCCGGAGAGUGAGCAACAUCUCGGCUCUGGGCGGCUUCGCCCCCGGCACGGCGUCGGGCGGCGCCCCGCUGGCCCGGGUGGCCAUCUACAAGGUGUGCUGGGCCGUCCCGGGGCACGGCAAAGAGGAGGGCAACACUUGCUUCGAGGAAGACAUGCUGGCCGCCAUGGACGACGCGGUGGCCGACGGCGUCGACGUGCUCAGCAUCUCCAUCGGGACCAAAGACCCCCAGCCCUUCAACCACGACGGCAUAGCCCUAGGCGCCCUCCACGCCGCCAAGCGGAACGUCGUCGUCGCAUGCAGCGCCGGCAACUCCGGCCCCGCCCCCUCCACGCUCUCCAACCCCGCCCCCUGGAUUAUAACCGUCGCCGCCAGCAGCGUCGACCGGAUAUUCUCAUCCCCCGCCGUGCUCGGGAAUGGCAUGAAAUUACCGGGCCAAACAGUGACUCCAUAUAAGUUGGAAAAGAAGCUGUAUCCGUUAGUUUACGCGGGUCACGUAGCCAACCCGGAUGUGCCCCAGAACCUAUCCGGGCAAUGCUUACCUGGGUCUCUGUCUUCAAAGAAGGCUAAAGGUAAGAUAGUAAUGUGCUUGAGAGGGAACGGGACGAGAGUGGGUAAAGGCAUGGAGGUGAAAAGAGCUGGAGGUAUUGGCUUCAUUUUAGGAAACAGUUUAGCAAAUGGAGAUGAAUUAGCAGCUGAUGCUCAUCUUCUCCCUGCGACUGCUGUCAAUUAUCAAAAUGCUCUCAAAAUUAUAGACUACAUUCAUUCUUCCGAAGCCCCCACGGCCUACAUCGUGCCAGGCACCACUCUUUUAGACAUCAAACCAGCACCUUUCAUGGCUGCCUUCUCCAGCAGAGGCCCCAGCACUCUUUCACCCGAUAUUCUCAAGCCAGACAUCACAGCUCCAGGGCUCAACAUACUAGCAGCAUGGAGCGAAGCGUCUUCUCCGACAAAGUUGGCCGCAGACAAACGCGUGGUGAAGUACAACAUUCUAUCGGGAACUUCAAUGUCCUGCCCUCAUAUAGGCGGCGCAUCAGCUCUCCUCACGGCGAUACACCCCCGUUGGAGCAGUGCCGCCAUAAAAUCUGCUCUAAUAACCUCUGCUGGGCUGAAUAACAAUCAAGGCAGCACGAUCACCGAUGCAUCCGGCAAUCCAGCAGACCCUUUCCAAUUUGGUGGCGGCCAUUUCAGACCUGCAAAAGCAGCAGAUCCCGGACUUAUCUACGACGCCUCCUACACAGACUAUCUCUUCUACCUGUGCAGCAUUGGAAUUAAGGUUGAUCCUACCUUCACCUGCCCAAAACAGGCAACGAGUCCGGUUAAUCUGAAUUACCCAUCCCUGGCAAUACCCAGUCUGCGUGAUAGUGUUACUGUGGUAAGAACAGUGACUAAUGUGGGAAGCAGUAAGAGUACAUAUUUCGUGAGCAUCAAACCUCCACCUGGGAUCUCAGUAAAAAUAUGGCCUCCCAUACUACACUUCAAUCGUGCUGGAGAGAAACGGAGUUUCACCAUCACAGUAAAAGUAGCACCUAGUGGCAUUACAGGCACCGUGGACAAACAAAAGUACGGAUUUGGAUGGUAUACGUGGUCUGAUGGAAUCCACAACGUCCGGAGUCCCAUGGCCGUUUCAGUAGCCUAGUUCUAUAUAAGUUUGCUAUUUUGGUAUUGAGCAUCAAUACUUAACAUAGGAAUAUGAAGAAACAAUACCACUCUUGUUUGGGUCAAAUGGUUUCUUCCUGUUUGGUUGCAAGAACUUGUAACCAACAAUUGGGGGUGAAAUGGAAUUCAUGCUAUGUACCAGCCACAAGUAAAUUCAUGAUA